AUGAUCCUCUUAAUCAGCAGACAACAGUUGAUUUAUCAGCAGAAGGAAGCUAAGUCUUUGCUGGAGAAUUUGUUUGGUAAAGAGGAGACGCUUUGGGCUCAGAAAUCAAGGGUUAAGUGGCUUAGAGAGGGAGAUAGAUGCUCUUCCUAUUUGUAUCACAAAGUUAAGCAAAGAAGAAGCUGGAAUUCUAUCACAGCUUUGGAAAGCACUAACGGUGUGUACUCUGAGGACCAUGAUGUUAUGAAGGAGGGGUUGGUUCAUUUUUAUAAACAGCUUUACACAGAUCCAGAUUCUAUUCCUUCUCAUGUCAAAAGUCCUAGGAGAUAUAUUUCUAAGGAGGAUAAGGCCAUGUUAGAUAGACAGGUCACUGCAGAAGCGAUUAAAUUGUCUGUGAUGAGUGUGAAUCCAGACAAGGCUCCUGGCCCUGAUGGACCUGCCAGAUUCUAUCAUAAACUCUGUACUGUCCUUCAGUCAGUGAUUGGAAAAGAGCAGGUGGCGUUUAUCAAGAACAAAACUGUUCAUGAUAAUAUCAUUAUGGUCUCUGAUUUGUUGAAGGGGUUCAACUGCAAGAGAGGUGAUCGUACAAUGGCUAUGAAGAUUGAUCUGCAGAAGGCUUAUGACACUGUUUCUUGGACGUUUAUCUCUCAGAUCAUGCAAGCUUAUGGUUUUGGUCAGAUAUGGUUUGGUUGGGUUCAUGAGUUCGUAUCCUCUGCUAAGUUCUCUAUCUUUUUCAAUGGAGUUCCAGCAGGGUAUUUUAAUGCUUGUAGAUUGGCUGAAGAUGAGAUUAACAGUGGCAGGUUGCACCUCUCUAAAGCAGCAGAUAGGGCUGGUGUGAAGAUAUCUCAUGUAUUUUAUGCAGAUGAUUUAUUCUUGGUAGUUAAGGCCAACUUUGGGACUGCUAAAGCUAUUUCAGAUGUUUUUGGGGAGUUCCAAACUGCCACUGGUCUAAAGAUCAACAAAGACGAGUGCCAUUUUGAGGAUAUUGACUAG